AUGGCCCACUGGGCUGGACAGUGGACAGGGACCUCAUGGAACUCCAUCCCAUGCCUCCACCAGCAACGGCAGCACCCUCACAGUCACACUCUGUCACUCACACACACACACACCCGUGGACACAAACGUGCAUCUAGACGCAUGCUCGAAGCAGGUCGACGCACUGAGACGGACCAGACUAGCCCACUAGGGUCGCUGCAAGCCUGCAAGAGCACGUACUCUCCAUGGAUCGAUGCAGGAGCCGGAGCAUCAACACCAGCCCGGAGGCAACAUCUCACCUCACGGACAUCCCACGCCGAGGAAACGCUCAAAAACACCCUCGGGAAACAAGAUGGCCUGUUGAGGGAUGAUGUUUACUGCUGCAGUAACAACUCCUCCUACUCGGCAACGUUGUCAUCUAGAGGUGUAGGCACGUAA